CGAAACACUGAUAUCGAAAAUGUACAAAUUUUAUUUAUACGCGGGAUUGAUCGUUUAUCUCGCGUUCGUUGAGGCGGUUGAUUUCAAUUCAACAGAUGUCGAAAGCACCGUGUUCAAUCGUAGCCGUGACACAAGGGCGAAGAUUGUCAGGAAGUUAAAAAAGGACUUUAGAAAGUUGAAAAAACAAGAAGGGGCCAUAAAGCUACUCGGCGGAAACGGUGAUUACGAAGGAAACGUUGAAAUUUUGCACAAUGGAAAGUGGGGCAGCAUUUGUGACGAUGAAUGGGAUUACAUGGAGGCAAAUGUCGUCUGCAGACAGUUAGGCUUUGAAAGUGCGACAAAACAGACGACCAAUGGCCGUUUCGGACAAGCGAGGCGCCGUUUUUGGAUGGACAACAUCCACUGCGACGGUACCGAAGACACGCUGGCCAGUUGCCGUUUCGACGGUUGGGGUCAAUCUGACUGCAAAGGGAGCGAGGCAGCCGGUGUGAUUUGCGCCCACGAUGAGGAGCCAACGACGCCGGCACCGGCGGCGAUUAAACGGCCAAAGACAAGGAUCAAAGACGUCCAUCGUCAAGGGAUGGCAGUUAGGUUGGUCGGCGGUCGAAUACCGAGCGAAGGUCGAGUCGAGGUGAAGCUGGGAACGGAUGAAUGGGGUGUCGUCUGUGGGGAUGGAUGGUCUCUGUUCGAGGCUGGCGUGGUCUGCAAGCAGCUGGGACUUGGCUACGCUUCGGACGCCGUACAGACUAACUUCUUUGGGGGUAACCGGAUGCCGAUGAGGAUCAGCGGUAUCAAGUGUCACGGCGACGAGCCAAACUUGGCACACUGUCUCCACGACGAAGUCCUUGAAUGUCCAGGAGUCGCAGAGAACAUCGCGAGCGUCAUCUGCGUCCAGCAAAUUGCGGAUCUGGUCUUCGACCACUUGGAACUGAUGAGAACCGCGCACCUCGAGGACCGCCAACUGUACUGGCUACAGUGCGCGAUGGAAGAAAAUUGCGUCGCUUCUGAGGCUUACAAGAUUCAGAAGGAGUCGGAUAACUGGCAUCUCGAGACCAGACGCCUCUUGAGGUUCACAGCGAGGAUUUUGAACGCUGGUACAGCCGAUUUUCGUCCUUCAGUACCAAAGCAUCUGUGGGAAUGGCACAUGUGCCACAUGCAUUAUCAUUCGAUGGAGGUUUUUGCGACAUUCGAUAUAAUCGAUUCGAGAGGAAACAGAGUUGCAGAGGGUCACAAAGCGUCCUUCUGUCUUGAAGAUAACCAGUGCUUGCCAGGCGUCGAGCCAAGAUACAAAUGCGAAAAGUACGGAGAUCAGGGAAUCUCAGUGAACUGUACGGACAUCUACAGACACAACAUCGAUUGUCAAUGGGUUGACAUUUCAGAACUUGACCCUGGGCAAUAUACCAUGAAGGUCGCAGUCAACCCUGAGUUUAAGGUGGGCGAGAUGACCUUCGACAACAACGCGGCAUCGUGUCAACUCACGUACACGGAGACAUUCGCAACAGUCCACAGCUGCAAAUUGGAACGACCCCAGAAUUCGUUUUAAUUAUUUCUAAAUUCUUUUUGCUAAAUCAUAAACGACAACCUCUGUAACUUCAUGUUGAUUAAAACACAUUAUCACACUCUAAUAAAUCACAUA